AUGCCACAUCCUAUAAUCUAUCUAUCUAUCUAUUAUCUAAUUAUCUAUUAUCUAUCUAUCUAUUACAUUGUUAAGUGGGACAUCUAUGGAUCUAUCUUAGUCUGUUCAUAUAUCUAUCUAUCUUUCUAUCUAUCUCUAUCUAUCUAUGGUUUUGUUCAUAUCUAUCUAUCUAUCUUGGUCUUCUGUUCCUUAUCUAUCUAUUAUCAUCUAAAAAUUACAUUGUUCAUAUCUAUCUAUCUAUCUAUCUAUUACGUUCUAUCUAUCUUAAUUAUAAGGAUAAGUAGGAUCUCUCUCUGUCUGGUUUUAUCUAUGUCCCAAAAUUCUACGCUUGGAAAAUCACUAUCUAUCUAUCUAUCUAUCUAUCUAUCUGCAUUCUACUAUUAUUUAUCUACAUAUAUAUCUAUUUAUCUGCAGCCUGCUCAUAUAUGUCUAAGUUUGUUCAUAUCUAUCUAUCUAUCUAUCUAUCUAUCUAUCUAUCUAUCUAUCUAUCUAUCUAUCUAUCUAAAUGUCUGUCUGUCUAUCUAUCGUCUGUCAAUAUCUAUCUAUCUAUCUAUCUAUCUAUCUAUAUCUCUUCAUAUCUAUCUAUCUAUCUAUCUAUCUAUCUAUCUAUCUAUCUAUCUGAGUCUCUUCAUAUCUAUCUAUCUAUCUAUCUAUCUAUCUAUCUAUCUAUCUAUCUAUCCCAGUCUAUCUAUCUAUCUAUCUAUCUAUCUAUCUAUCUAUCUACAUUCUGCUCAUAUCUACAUGGUGCGAUAG